AUGAUCAAAUCAUUGUCUCGUCGCAUCUGGAGACUGCCACGUUCUACUGAACUCGCCAUGCGAUGUUCCGGUUCGUUGCUGGUAGGUCAACAAACGUCUACACCACCACUCAAUCCUAUAGAACUACCCUUUCCACUGAGUAUCCCACGAAAAAUUUCACCACCUGAGCUUCCACAAUCAUUGCGUGUUGAUGUUGAUGGAAAGUGUAUUAUCGAGUACAUCGACGUCAAGCCAAAGAUAUUAAAUGCGACAACGCCAACGGUGGUCGUAAUUCACGGUACUCCUGGAACGUAUCGAGAUUUUCGCCACCUCAUUCCGCUGCUUAAAGGCCGUGGCGUUCGAGUCAUUGGUGUCAACAUACCAGGAUCUGCAGGCUCGACAAUCCUCGACACGAGCAACUACUACAAGCAUAUUAGCUCGAUUUCUUCUGCUCAACUUACGUUAAAAGCACUGCAACAUGUUCUUAAAGACUCUCACAAUGUAUUUAUGCUUGGUCAUUCGUUUGGAAGUCACACAGCUGUGCACCUGACAGCAUUUAAUGAUGGCGAGCAAAAAAUCCAGAUCAAAGGCCUAGUGUUCUUUGCCGGAGCAGGACAUCGCCCUCAUCGAGCCUUAAAGCCUCGUUUUAACGACAUCGUAUAUCAAUCACUACAAUCUGGAGUUCCCAUAAUCGAAAGUAUAGCGAAAUGGUUUACUCGACAAUUGUUUUUGCAAGUGUACAAAUUUCCAGACAUGAAGUUUCCAAAUUAUUUUACUACUGGAAUCGUGCGUUGUGCCACGGCUGAUUAUGAAUUAUAUGCUGAGCAUCUUAAGAAAAACCAAGCACUUCCAAGUUUUCUCGCCUGGGCUAAAAAUGAUAUUUUUCUCGAGGAGGAGAUUGUUCUGGACGUUAGCGCUGAAUGCCAUCCAGGCCCUCGACUGGCUUUUAAAAAAGGUGGACAUAAUAUACAGAAGACUAGAGCUACGGUAUUGGCCGCCAAGCUUACGGACUGGAUGAACGACGUCAUUGAAGGAAAAGGGCAAAAGGAAGCAUAUUCAACUGAAGUUGAAACUCAUCCUUAA